AUGCCCGUAGUGGCUACAGCUGGGUCAAAUCGCUAUGGCCAAUUGGGAAGAGGGGGUGACUUUUCUUUUUUUGAAGUAUUAGAUAUUGAAGGUGAUAUUGUUCAGAUAUGUUGUGGUGCUGAUUACACCUUGGCCGUUACCAAUGAGGGAAAUGUUUAUGGAUGGGGACGAAACAAUUCUGGCCAGCUUGCACUUUCUGAGAUAAUUGUUGAACGCCCUACUCUUAUUAAAACUCAGAUAAAGGAACCCAUCGUAAAAGUUUCCUGUGGUAAAUCACAUUCUCUAUUUUUAACUUCAUCUGGAGAAAUUUACAGCUGUGGUGAAGGUUCUUGUGGACAACGAGGAGAUGGAACAUACCAUGGCGAAUGUUUUGAACUUAAGCGAGUACUUCUUGAUGAAAGUGUAAGAGAUAUCUUUUGUGGUGCACGAACAUCAUAUGCUAUUACAAAUGAUGGAGACUUAUUCGGAUGGGGAGAAACGACUACUGGUAUGUUGGGUAUUGCAUCAUGGUCUUCACCAGCGUUAGCUAACCCAACUCGUCUAUCAUUUGGCUCAACACGAACACGAAUAGCACGUGUAGUUGCUUCUGUGAACUUUGCAAUUCUCGUUACGACAACAGGUGAGAUACUUGGUUCAGGAAGCAAUGCUAACGGUCAGUUAGGAAUUAGUGACCAUUGUACCCAUAUCUGGAGACCUAUUCGAGAUGUAGGACGUGUUUCCUAUGUUGCAUGUGGUUCUCGUCAUACUUUAUGUCAUCAAUUAGAAAAAAAUCGGUGUAUAGAACUUUCUAUGCAAUUAACAUCAUUUAAUGUGCCUAAUUUGGAAGGUCUUGCAGCUGGAGAAGAUAACAAUCUUGUAUGGACAGAUGCAGGUAGUAAAUUACUAGUUUGUGGAUAUAAUCGUCAUAGGCAACUUGGUGUAGGCGAUAUAGCUUUUGUUGAGAAAUUAACAGAAGUUUCACUACCGAGAAAGGCAAAAGUUGUCAAUGUCUCGUGUGGGCGAAAACAUAUUUGUUUACUUCUCUCUGAAGAAAUUGUACGAGAUGAAAAUUAUAUGGUAUUUAUGGAAGACUCUUUCGCAACUGCAGGGAGCCUUGCACGAGAACCAUAUGUUACCUUAGGAAACAAGCAAUCUUCAUUUGUAUGGGUGUGUAUAGCUUCCUCAAUGAUUGCUUUGUUAUCUGGAGUGUUAGUAGCAAAGUAUCGUCACCGUCGUAUAUAA